AUGACCGGCUCCUGCUGUGGCUCCUGCUGUGGCUCCUGCUGCUCCCAGAGCUGUGGGGGAUGCUGCCAGCCCUGCUGCUGCCGGGACCCCUGCUGCUGCCGCCCCGUGGCCUGCCAGACCACCGUGUGCCGCCCCGUGACCUGCGUGCCCCGCUGCACGCGCCCCAUCUGCCAGCCCUGCCGCCGCCCCAUCUGCUGUGAUCCCUGUGGCCUGCAGGAAGGCUGCUGCCGCCCCAUCGCCUGCUGCCCCACGUCCUGCACUGCUGUGGUCUGCCGCCCCUGCUGCUGGGCCUCCACCUGCUGCCAGCCCAUCACUGUGCAGUCCCCCUGCUGCCGGCCCCCCUGCUGCCAGCCUGCCCCCUGCCGCAUGACCUGCAGGACCUGCCCCACCUGCCCCUGCAGCUGCUGA